AGCGGAACAAUUACGGGCUAGAUCGUAAGCCAAUAAGACUGUUACUAUUUGACUGCAGCGGCCAACGAGAGGCUGUGCGUGGAUGGCACUAAAUUGGGCACGUGUGUCCAUGCACAUGCCACAUGCUGACACCCGGGAAGUGAGGAGAGAGCGUGAGCCCAGAAGGGGAGCUGAUCUGUGGGAUAGAGUAGACGGGAUCGUCGGAAAGGGUUUGCGUUGCUUUACACAGGUGCCCUGAAGUUGAGUCAUGCAGUCCACAGAAUCUAUUUCCUCUCAGCCAUCACAGGAUUCACUAAGCUCUGACAACAAUUUCAUGUUCAGUGAUUAUGAAACAGAUGUUUUCCUGUUGGAGGACAGAGACAAGCCCCAUGGAAUCCAUUUGACUCAGUCAGGUCUCUCUAACAGAAAUGUUCACAGUAUGAACAGGGAGCAGGAACAUCCUGGAUCUCAGUGGGCAUGUGAUGGGUUCAUUGUGUCUAGUGACCCUGAGAGGUCACAGGAGAACAAUCUUGCUAGGUCAACAUCUUCAUCCAUCUCAUCAUAUCUGUCUCUCUCCUCGCCAUCUUCAACUGUUUUGGGAUGGAGUAGCUCAAAGAGUGAGCGAGGGAAAAAUGGUGGAACUGAAGGUGAUCUGCUGUUUGCUCGUAAGUGUUUAGAACUCCAGGGGUAUGUCCGGCCUCUGCUGGAGCUUCUAAAUGGACUGAAGAAAGGGCGAUUUGACAAAGGUCUGAGCAGUUUUCAGCAGAGUGUUGCAGUGGACAGAAUUCAGAGGAUUGUAGGAGUCCUGCAGAAACCACAUAUUGGAGAGAAGUAUUUACCCACUUUGCUGCAGAUAGAGGUGAUGCUAAAGCUUUGGUUCCCUCAAGUGACUGUUCAAGUUUCUGUGACACCUAACCCUGCUGACGUUUCACCUCAAAACAUUUUCACCCAUGGCAGCAGCAAUAUCACUCCCCCACACAAGCACAAAGACCAAUUACAUAUUCCAGUCAAGAAGCGAAGAUUGAGCUGGUCAGACACAGAUUCACCCUCCUCUUCACCUCCCAUGGUGUGUAAAAGCUCCAAACUAGAAUGUUGUGAAGAGCAAGACCAAUGGCCAUAUGUUGAUGGAGGGGAGGGCUCUCCAGAGACUCCUCCCCUUUUCUCAAACAAGAACAAAUCAGACAAGAAAUUUGUUGAAACCCUGGAGAACAAGGUUAUCCGGUGGUCAGGUUCAAGACUGACAUGGAUGCACAUUGCACCCAUUUUCUCCCCACCUAAAUCUGGUCCCUCUCAUAAAGGCGGAAUGGCAAAAGAAAGAGGAAGCAGAAAUGUCCUCCUUCCAGUUUACCCACUCACCAGCAGGAGCAGUCCAGCCAUGCAGGACAGCUUUGUCUCUUCCACUACACCUUUUUCAGACCCGACUCGAUACCAGUGCCAGUCUGUGAGUUUAGGGACAACAAGUCCAUUGCAGGAGUAUGCCCAAACUCCGCCAAUCACAAUGAAGCCUUCAAACCUUGUACAGCAAAGCACUAUACAAACCUGAUGCAAAAAAGCACAACUAUGUCUUCUAAGUGUCAGAGAAGAAUUGAAGUAUAGGAUGUUGAAAGUUUUGAAGGUUGUGUAUUGCAAUGAUUGCAAAAUUAAAAAAAAAAAAAAAAAAAAACUUUGAGAACUCAACAUG